AUGAUUCCGAUGCUUCGCUCCACCGCUCUGCGGGCGGUCCGCUCGCAAUUUGCUCCGCGGGCUCUGAACCAGUCCGCGCUCGCCCGUCUUCUCUCCACCCUCGCCGUCCUCGAACAGCGUGAUGGCAAGCUCCAAGGCUCGUCUCUCUCCGCCAUUGCCGCCGCGCAGAAGCUCGGAGGCUCCGUGACUGCCUUCGUGGCCGGCAACGCCGUCAAGGGCUCCUCGGCCGCUGAGGCGGCGAAGAUCAAGGGCCUCGACAAAGUGGUGGCUGUGGAUAGUGAGGCCUAUGAGAAGGGUUUGCCGGAGAACUACGCCCCUCUUCUUGUCGAGAACAUCAAGCAAGGCGGUUACACCCAUGUCGUCGGCGCCCACUCGGCCUUCGGAAAGAGUCUUUUGCCCCGGGUGGCUGCUCUGCUUGAUGUGCAGCAGAUUUCCGACAUCACGGCAAUUGAGAGCGAGGACACCUUUGUCCGUCCCAUCUACGCCGGAAACGCCAUUCUUACCGUCCAGUCCACCGAUCCCACAAAGGUCAUCACCGUGAGAGGCACUGCUUUCCAGGGCGUCGAGACCGAGGGCGGUUCCGCCGAGAUCGUGGAUGGCGUCGACCCCAAGGCGCCCGCCCUGACCGAGUGGGUGUCCGAGGAGCUGACCAAGUCGGAACGCCCUGACCUGGGUACCGCCUCCCGUGUCGUCUCCGGUGGCCGUGGUCUGAAGUCGAAGGAAGAGUUCGACCGCGUCAUUGUGCCGCUGGCUGACUCGCUGGGCGCCGCCAUCGGUGCCUCCCGUGCCGCCGUCGACAGUGGCUUCGCCGACAACAGUCUGCAGGUCGGUCAGACUGGUAAGAACGUUGCGCCUCAGCUCUACCUCUGUGCGGGUAUCUCCGGCGCCAUCCAGCAUCUUGCUGGUAUGAAGGACAGCAAGGUCAUUGCUGCGAUCAACAAGGACCCUGAUGCGCCGAUCUUCCAGGUCGCCGAUGUCGGCCUCGUGGGAGAUCUGUUCGAGAAGGUCCCGGAGUUGACUGAGAAGCUGAAGAGCCAGGCGUAG